CCACCAAUUUGGGCUAUUCUCGAUUCAACUUCAUUACUUCAAUUUCCCCUUUUCGAAGAUAACCCAAUUCCAGAUUAAUGGCUUCCAUCAACAUGUCUUCUCCAUCCACAUCUCUGCUACCCUCAAAGAUGAUCACAAACUUCAGCUCAUAUAACGGUCUUCGCUUUGUAAAUCUUUCUUCAUUCAAUGGGCAAACAACAGAAGCAUUUCUCCAGCUCCGAUGCUCCAAAAGUAAAGGUGAUGGCAAGUUAAGAGCUUCACUAUUGCCUAUAGAUGGUGUCGAUGGUGGUUUUCCUGUGAAUCACACAAGUACUAAUGGUGUGGAAAAAAAUGGUGUUAGUAUGUCAUCUGGGAUUGUGAUACAGCCUGAUUCGAUUGCUUUGGGGACACUAUCAGCCGAAACCACUCCUAGCAUGAAUGGUUUCGUCACUGGUGCUGAUGAAUAUGAUUUGGAUCAGCCAACCUCAGGCUUCUCAUCCAUUCCUGAGGCAAUUGAAGAUAUACGCCAGGGCAAGAUGGUAGUGGUUGUUGAUGAUGAAGACAGAGAAAAUGAAGGAGAUCUAAUAAUGGCAGCAUCUUGUGUCACGCCGGAAGCUAUGGCUUUUAUUGUUAAACAUGGAACUGGGAUUGUAUGCGUAAGCAUGAAAGGUGAAGACUUGGAUAGGUUGGAACUUCCUCUAAUGGUAACUCAUAAAGAUAAUGAGGAGAAGCUCACUACAGCAUUCACAGUAUCAGUGGAUGCAAAACAUGGUACAACAACCGGGGUGUCAGCAUGUGAUAGAGCGACAACCAUAAAAGCUCUAGCUUCAAAAGAUUCCACACCUGGAGAUUUCAACCGGCCAGGCCAUAUAUUUCCAUUGAAAUACAGGGAGGGGGGUGUUUUGAAAAGAGCUGGUCAUACUGAAGCUUCUGUCGAUCUAGCGAUGUUAGCUGGAUUUGACCCUGUAGCUGUUCUAUGCGAGAUUGUGGAUGACGAUGGCUCCAUGGCUAGAUUGCCAAAGCUUAGAGAAUUUGUCCAAAGGGAGAACCUCAAGAUUAUAUCUAUUGCUGAUUUAAUCAGGUAUAGAAGGAAGACGGAUAAACUAGUCGAACGUGCUUCCGCUGCACGUAUACCUACGACAUGGGGGCCAUUUGUUGCCUACUGUUAUAGAUCGAUCUUAGAUGGAAUUGAACACAUUGCAAUGGUCAAGGGUGAUAUUGGGGACGGGAAGGAUACUCUUGUGAGGGUACACUCGGAAUGCWUAACMGGAGAYAUWUUCGGGUCKGCYMGAUGYGAUUGYGGGAACCAGYUKGCMYUWGCAAUGCAACAAAUYGAAGAKGCKGGCMGGGGSGUKUUGGUGUAYCUCAGAGGUCAYGAGGGMMGRGGCAUYGGGUUAGGUCACAAGCUCCGUGCUUAUAACCUGCAAGAUGAUGGCCGUGAUACUGUGGAAGCCAACGAGGAGCUUGGUUUGCCUGUUGAUUCCAGGGAGUACGGCAUUGGUGCACAGAUUUUGAGAGAUUUGGGAGUUAGAACAAUGAAGCUGAUGACAAACAACCCAGCUAAGUACAGUGGGCUGAAGGGAUAUGGUUUGGAAGUUGCAGGAAGAGUUCCCCUUCUGACCCCCAUUACGAAACACAACAAGCGAUAUCUCGAGACCAAACGAGCCAAAAUGGGUCACGUUUAUGGGAACAACAACGGUCUCCCAAACCUCAUCACUCAAAACGAAAAAUCAACCACUCAGAACCCAAGUGUUUAAAGCUGAGGUUCUCUGUUUUGACUCACAUCCUUACUUACCCAGAUCAAGAAACUCGUAUAACCGGAACUCGUAUAGUUAAAGAUAUUGAAAACCGGGAAAACUCCAUUCUUUUAAGUCAAUUCUUACAUUAACUUGAUACACGUUACUCGAUGGGAAAAAUGUUGCAGGUUUUGUUUAUGUUGCAAGUUUUGUUUUAUGUAUGGCAUUAACUUCAACAAAGAUGAAACAGUGUUCCAAAUAUGUUCAUGUUCUAGGGAUGUUGUUUUAAUUUUUCAGUAGCAAUAUACUUCAUGGGGUUUUUUUUUGAU